AUGUCCCCUGUCACCUGUUCCUUGUUCACUGUCUCCGUAUCCUGUCCCUUCGCGCGCCGCCCCGUUCGUGACCUGCCCGUUGCGCUGACACCCCUACGUCCUGCACUUCCAGAUGACUCCAUCAACUCGCCCAAUCUUCGCAAGCCCCUCAGCGGCCGGCUCGCCAUUCGCGUCACGGGCGUCAAGGGCGUCGAUCAUGCAGCCACCGGCCGCUUCGCCCGCGGGCCCGAAUCCUUCGUCGCCGUCAAGGUGGAAGACACCGUCAUGGCACGGACCAAGGUCUCCCGCAACGACCGCUGGGAAAACGAGCAGCAUGCGAUUGAUGUUGACAAGGCCAACGAGAUCGAGGUGACCGUCUACGAUAAGCCUGCCGAGCAUCCCAUCCCCAUCGGCCUGCUCUGGAUCAGGAUAUCGGACAUCGUCGAGGAGAUGCGCCGCAAGAGGAUCGAGGCCGAGAUGAACUUUUCCGGCUGGGUUUCCGCCGACCAGAUGGGCCAUCCGACCUCGCCCCCCACCCAGUUUCCCAUGAGCCCUUCCCAGGCGUCCUUUGGCCCCGGCGCCUCGGGCCCGCAGCAGCAGCCCGGCCAGUACGGCGCCCCGGGUCCCCAGCCUCAGGUCAACGUCGGUCCCAUCGACGGCUGGUUCAACCUGGAGCCCACCGGUCAGAUACAGCUCCAGAUGAGCUUCGUCAAGCAGAACAAGGACACGCGCCACGUCGACCUGGGUCUCGGACGCAAGGGCGCCGUCCGCCAGCGCAAGGAGGAGGUCCACGAAAUGUACGGCCACAAGUUUGUCCAGCACCAGUUCUACAACAUCAUGCGCUGCGCCCUCUGCGGAGAUUUUCUCAAGUACUCGGCCGGCAUGCAGUGCGAGGACUGCAAGUACACUUGUCACAACAAGUGUUACCCGAGCGUCGUCACCAAAUGCAUCAGCAAGAGCAAUGCGGAGACGGACCCCGAGGAGGAGAAGAUCAACCACCGCAUCCCGCACAGGUUCCAGCCCUUCUCCAACAUGACGGCCAACUGGUGCUGCCACUGCGGCUACAUCCUGCCCUUUGGCAAGAAAAACUGCAGAAAGUGCACAGAGUGCGGCCUCACGUCGCACGCCCAGUGCGUCCACCUCGUUCCCGACUUCUGUGGCAUGUCCAUGGCUGUCGCGAACCAGAUUCUCGAGGGCAUACGGGUCCAGAAGCAGCGGCAGGCGAAGGCGACAUCCCUCACGGACAGGACCCUGCGACCGGGAGCAAACAAGUUGAACUCGUCGGGCACUACGCACUCGGCCUCGGCCUCCUUGUCCAGCUUCACCUCUCCCGCAAACGUCAGCCCCGUGUCUUCCGACGCGACCGAGGCAGCCAAGCUCAUGUACGCGAACCUGCCUUCGUCUCAGCGUCCAGCCGGCCCCGGUCGAAUCUCCUCGACCCCCGCAGCGGCUGCCGCGGCGACGGCAGCCAUGUCGGGCGCCGCCGGAGGGUAUCCCCACCGGGCAUCAGACUACGGACGUUAUGGCGGCACCUACGAUCAACCGCCACCCCAGCAGCAGCAGCAGCAACAGCAGCAGCAAGAGGACCCCUACGCGCAGGCCGGACAGUACGGACCAGGGCAACCGCAGCAGCGCAAGUACAAUCCUGCCGACUACGCGAACCUCAACGCGCCCUAUGGCGGCCAGCCUCCCGCCCAAAUGCGGCCUCAGCAGCAACAGCCUGCGCAGAUGGUGCCUCAGCAGCAACAGCAGCAACAACCGCCGCCGCAGCAGCAGCAGGCAUACCCCUCGCUUGCUCCCGCGAUGAAGCCGCAAGCGCAGGAACCGCUGGUCCAGAGACCUACCUCGUUACCAGUCUCCGGACAGCGGAAACAGCUGCCCUCGGCGCAGGAUCCCGGCACUGGCCAGCGCAUCGGCUUGGAUCACUUCAACUUCCUCGCCGUGCUCGGUAAAGGCAACUUCGGAAAAGUCAUGCUUGCAGAGACGAAACGGUCGAGGCGUCUCUACGCCAUCAAGGUCCUCAAGAAGGAGUUCAUCAUUGAGAAUGACGAGGUGGAAAGCAUAAAAUCCGAGAAGCGCGUCUUCUUGAUCGCAAACAAGGAGAGGCACCCGUUCCUGACAAACUUGCACGCCUGCUUCCAGACGGAAACGCGUGUGUACUUUGUCAUGGAGUAUGUCAGCGGUGGUGAUUUGAUGCUGCAUAUCCAGCGAGGCCAGUUUGGCACCAAGCGAGCCCAGUUCUAUGCCGCUGAGGUGUGCCUGGCACUCAAGUACUUUCACGAGAACGGCGUCAUCUAUCGUGAUCUGAAGCUCGACAACAUCAUGCUGACGCUUGACGGACACAUCAAGGUUGCUGAUUACGGUCUCUGCAAAGAGGACAUGUGGUACGGAUCGACAACCAGCACCUUCUGCGGAACUCCCGAGUUCAUGGCGCCGGAGAUUCUUCUGGAUAAGAAGUAUGGCCGGGCCGUUGACUGGUGGGCCUUUGGCGUCUUGAUUUACCAGAUGCUUCUGCAACAGUCUCCAUUCCGAGGCGAAGACGAGGACGAGAUCUACGACGCAAUUCUUGCCGAUGAGCCUCUGUACCCGAUUCACAUGCCUCGAGACUCGGUGUCGAUCCUUCAGAAGCUGCUUACCCGAGAGCCUGACCAGCGGCUGGGAAGCGGACCGACGGAUGCGCAGGAAGUCAUGAGCCAGCCUUUCUUCAGAAACAUCAAUUGGGACGAUAUAUACUACAAGCGUGUGCAGCCGCCGUUCAAGCCGACGAUCAAGAACGCGACCGACACGAGCAACUUUGACUCGGAAUUUACCAGCGUCACUCCGGUGCUCACGCCCGUCCAAUCGGUAUUGUCGCAAGCCAUGCAGGAAGAAUUCCGCGGAUUCUCCUACACAGCAGACUUUGAAUAG